AUGGACGCCGUGUGGGAGAACACCAGCGGCACGUUCCGGGAUUCGUUUCUCCCGCCCAACGCCAGCGACGCGGAAGACGGGCGAGGCCCCGGGGCGGGGAGCGUCCUGGUCCCGUUGAUCUACUUGAUGGUGUGCGCCGCCGGUCUGAGCGGGAACACGCUGGUCAUCCACGUGGCGCUGCGUCAUUCCAAAACGGAAUCGGCGACCAACACCUACAUCCUCAACCUGGCGGUGGCCGACGAGCUCUUCAUGCUGGGGCUCCCCUUCCUGGCCGCGCAGAACUCCCUGCAGGCGUGGCCCUUCGGCUCCUUCAUGUGCCGGCUGGUGAUGACGGUGGAUUCCAUCAACCAGUUCACCAGCAUCUUCUGCCUGACCGUCAUGAGCGUGGACCGCUACUUGGCGGUGGCUCGGCCGCUGCGCUCGGCCCGCUGGCGCAGCCCCCGCGUGGCCAAGGCGGUCAACGCCGCCGUCUGGGCGCUCUCCUUCCUGGUGGUCCUGCCCGUGGUGGUCUUCGCCGACAUCCAGAAGACGGGCGGCACCUGCAACAUCCUGUGGCCGGCCCCGGUCAAGGUGUGGCGGGCGGCCUUCAUCGUUUUCACAUCCACGGUGGGCUUCCUUUUCCCCCUGCUCGUCAUUUGCCUCUGCUACCUGCUCAUCGUCUUCAAGGUGCGCAGUUCGGCCAAGAAGGUCCACGGCGCCGCCUCGGGCAAGCGACGCAAGUCGGAGCGCAAGGUGACGCGCAUGGUGGUGAUCGUGGUGGCCGUUUUCGUCUUGUGCUGGUUGCCCUUCUAUGCGCUUAACGUGCUCAACUUGUUGGUGGCGCUGCCCACCGACUACCAGGGCCUCUACUACUUCGUGGUGGUCUUGGGCUACGCCAACAGCUGCGCCAACCCGGUGGUCUACGGCUUCAUGUCGGACAACUUCAAGAGAGGCUUUCGCAAAGCUCUCUGCCGUGACACCCGCAAGGUGGAGGACCGUCAGCUGGACCUCCGGGCGCAGGAGAGCGGCGGGCACGCCCAGGACAGCCCGAGGAGAAGCGGCAUCUCGGAAACGCAUAGAGUCCUCGGAAGGGGACAAAACAGAGUCGCCCCCUACCCGGAGCUUUUGUCAGUAGCGCCCGACCAUGGCGUCUGCGAGGGGCCCGGCGAGUCCCCUUCGCCAGCCACGCCUCUGCUCGGAAACGACGCCGUAACAGUGCCCGACGAGAACACCGCCUCCGUAGAAAUAAGCAACUUGUAA